AUGGAUUGUGAUAAUACUUCUUUGCUUAAAGCCCCUCUCUCUUGCAAAGACAUGGUCACUGGUAUGACGCACAGCCCCUCGCAAAAUCAAUCUGAUGAAGAGCUAAUCGACAUUGAGGAUGAUGAUUUUGAUUUAUUGGAAGAUGACAUCCGAAUAGGAGAAAGAGAUGAAAUUCCCUUCAUUGAUUUCUCUGAUCGGGCACAAUACUUGGCGAUAAAAAGCAUGGAUUUUACGUUAGUCGUCAAGGUCCUUGGGUGCAGAGUUGGUUAUAACACGCUCCAUAACCGUAUUUAUAAUAUCUGGAAGCCAUCGCAUCCGAUUAAAUUGAUAGACAUUGAAAAUGACUAUUUUCUGGUGAAGUUUUCUUGCAAGCAAGACUAUCUAAAGGUUCAAUCGGAUGGUCCGUGGACUAUUUUCGGCCAUUACUUGACUGUUGAACCAUGGUUCAUUGAAUUCUGUCCAACUCAAUCGCAUCCCAGUAGGAUCAUGGUGUGGGUAAGGUUACCAGGUUUGCCGAUUACUUGUUAUAAAUGGAGUAUGAUUGAGGCUAUUGGAAAUAGGAUCGGAUCUGUUGUCAAAGUUGAUUAUCAAACUGAUAAUGGUCGGCGCGGGCGUUUCGCCCAUAUGGCAGUGAAUAUUAAUUUGCGCAAACCACUAGUCUCUAAAAUUAAUAUCAACGGCAGGACCCAAAUUGUAGAGUAUGAGGCUCUUUCCACUGUAUGUUUUGAAUGUGGAAUCUAUGGGCAUGUGAAAGAUAUUUGUUCAACCUUAGUAGCUCCUGUGACUGAAAACAAUGUGCAUUCCGAGACUCUCCACUCUUCUACCUCUAAACAAGAUGUGGUCACUAAAUCUUCUCCAGUUCCGAAUGAGGCUUUUGGCCCCUGGAUGAUGGUAAAAAACGUCAACGGCGUCCCCAAAAGAAACUUAUAA